ACAUGUUCUAAAUUUUUCUUCUCCCAUGUACAGAGCCUUCCUUUCUUCCCCUCCCACCCCCUCAACCUAUAUAUACGCACAACCGCCAAAAAAAGGAACUCAUCAACAAUUCAUUCAGCUUGGGCACCAGCAAGCUCCACAACAGAGUACCAACAGAAUCCACAGCAAUCCCAAAUUCCCAGCAGAUUACACAAGAGAAGACGACGAUGGCCAUGAGCAAGCAAUGGACGCGGGUGCGCACGCUCGGCCGCGGCGCCUCGGGGGCCGAGGUCUUCCUUGCCGCGGACGACCCCUCCGGGGAGCUCUUCGCCGUCAAGUCGGCGAGCGCGGCUUGCGCGGCGGCGCUGAGGAGGGAGCAGUGCAUCAUGUCCGGCCUGCGCUCCCCGCGCGUCGUCUCUUGCAUAGGCGGCCGCGGCGCCCGCGACGGCUCCUUCCAGCUCUUCCUCGAGUUCGCCCCUGGCGGCUCGCUGGCGGACCGGGUGGCGAUCGACGGGGGCCUCGACGAGCGCGCCGUCCGCGGCUACGCGGCCGACGUGGCGGCCGGGCUAGCGUACCUCCACGGCGCCGGGAUGGUGCACGGGGACGUCAAGGCGCGCAACAUCGUGAUCGGCGCCGACGGCCGCGCCAAGCUCGCGGAUUUCGGGUGCGCGAGGGAUGCCGGCGCUGAUGUGCCGAUCAUCGGCGGCACGCCCGCUUUCAUGGCGCCGGAGGUGGCGCGCGGCGAGGAGCAAGGCCCCGCGGCCGACGUAUGGGCGCUCGGCUGCAUGGUUGUCGAGAUGGCCACUGGACGCGCGCCCUGGAGCGGCAUGGACGGCAACGCGCUCGCGGCGCUGCACCGGAUCGGCUACACGGAGGCCGCUCCCGAGGUGCCCGAGUGGAUGUCCGCUGAGGCCAAGGACUUCCUGCGCGGGUGCUUGGUCAGGCAGGCCAGCGAGCGGUGCACGGCGGCGCAGCUCCUGGACCACCCGUUCUUGGCCUCCGCCGGCAUCGUCGACGCGAAGCCACAAGCCGUGGAGAGCAAAAGCAAAUGGGUGUCGCCGAAGAGCACGCUGGACGCGGCGUUAUGGGAGUCUGAGUCAGACACCGAAGAGGCGGCGGAGCACGAGAGCACGGCCGAGAGGAGGAUGCGGGCAUUGGCCUGCCCUGCAUCGGCGCUCCCGGACUGGGACUCGGACGAGGGAUGGAUCGAUGUGCUCUCCGGGCCAUCGGAAGCAGUUCCGGUGGCGGCCGAGGAGACGGCUGAACUGGAUGACGCGAUCACACCAUGUGGAGAAGAGUCCGGCGUUCUCGACGCCAUACUCGUGCAGUAUAGCAGCUUCGUCAACGCGGGAGAGGGCUACGAUGAGUCAGUCCAGCAAAGUUGUAGUGCUAGGCAUCAAUCUUUGGAAGAUUCAGUUUCUCACGGGCUAUCAUGUAUACUACUACUAAAUUGUUGUUUUGCAACAAAAAUACUAAUGCAACUGAUUUCGUUCCUGCACAUGCUUGCACUGCUCCUCCUUUUCACCGAUCAUACUCCCUUACUAGAUCAUCGAUGGCGCGUUGCUGCGCCCAUCUAUUCUCCGGUAUAAUGGUAGGAACUUUCA